AUGUCAAGUGUUACUGAAAAAAUUUUUCUUAAUGAUGGACCACUUUUAAUUAAAGUUACGGAUAGUACUGUUGACGAACAAUUAAGUGAAAACGCUUCUCUGCGUAUGAUAUUACAAUGGUAUGAAAGACAUAUUUAUAGACAUUUAUAUUUACCACUUUUUCAAACAGAACUUAAUACACCAAUUAAAUGUUCUCAUUCUGAUGCUUUAUUAGCGGCUAUUGAACUUUUGUAUAAUUUGGAUCCGACAAAUACGAAUGUACAUCUAUCAUCGACAGCAAAUUUAUUCCCUUUAAAAAGUUAUACUCUGACUCAGCAAACAUUGUUACUUACUUACGAGUCAUGGUUAUAUACACUUCGUGAUCUUGCUACUUAUUCGCCAUAUGCUAUUGAUGGUUAUAAUUUACGCCUUUUAUUUAUCAUUUAUCAACUUCUUAAAAUAAUAUUAUUCAUUCAUCAACGUGGUCUUAGUUGUGGUCGAAUUCAAUUAACAGAUAUUCAUAUAAAUGAACGAUAUUGGAUUCAAUUAAAACCUCGUUUUCAUUCUUGUUUAGCAACAUUUGAAUUGGCUUCUGAUUGUGUUACAACCCAUAACAAUAGUAAUAAUAAUAUUGAUGAUGAUUAUCAUAAUAAUUCAUUAUCGAAAUCAAGAUCACAUACAAAUAGUGUAUCGUUUUCAUCUACAUCAAAACAAAAAACUCCUGCAUCAAAUCUUUAUGAUGAAUCAUUAGUUAUAACAACAAAAACAUCACCAAGAACGACAACAAUAUCACAUUCAUCUGUUUAUCAUGUUGAACAUCGUUAUGAAACAUAUUGUCGAACACAUAUUGAUAUUGUUGAAUUAAUAAAGCAAUGGCAACUUGGACAUAUAUCUAAUUUUGAUUAUUUAUUAAUAUUAAAUGCUUUAGCUGGAAGAAAAUUUCAUGAUCCAAAUAAUCAUUUAAUAUUUCCAUGGAUAAAUGAUUUUACAAGUUCAACAUCUAAACUUCGAAAUUUAUCACAAUCAAAAUAUCGAUUAAAUAAAGGAGAUGCACAACUUGAUUUAACUUAUAAUUAUUAUUCAUCAUCAAUAUCAUCAUCAGCAGCAAAUAUUGUACCACAUCAUUUAAGUGAACAUCUUUCAUCAAUAACUUAUUAUGUUUAUAAAGCACGUCGAACAGAAAAACGAAUUUUAUGUGAUAAUGUUCGUUCAAUUUGGGUACCAAAUGAAUAUCCAUCAUCAAUAGGACGUUUAUAUUUUUGGACACCAGAAGAAUGUAUACCAGAAUUUUUUUAUGAUCCAUCUUUAUUUCAAUCAAUUCAUGAGGAUUUACCCGAUUUACUUGUACCAGAUUGGUGUUCAAGUCCAGGUUAA